UUAUAUAUGAUGACCUCGAAACGCUGUUGACCUAAUCAAUUGCAUUUAUUUGCAUCAAUUCAAACAAAUACAAUAAAUAAACUCUAAAAACGAAAUAGUUUGAUGGCUAAUAAACAAUGUAAAUAAAAAAAUAAUGAGUGAGCAAAAGAAGAACAUUAACUGUCGUGUUUGUUUGCGAUAUGACUUAAAAGGACAGAAAUGUUUCUCCUUGUUCGAAAACUACAAUAACUCUUUGAUAUUUGAGAAAAUUAAGUAUGUAGCCGACGUUCAAAUAAGGGAAGGCGAUGGCCUUCCGAGCACAAUAUGUCCAGACUGUUUAUUGCAAUUAGAAACAGCACUAGUGUUCAAACAAAAAUGUGAGACCUCAAACAAAAUCUUGCUGAGUGUCCUCAAACAACCGUCUAAAAUUUGCAAGGUAGCCUUCAGACCUGUUCCAGUUAAAAAAGAAGCAGAAAUAGUAUUGGAUAAUGCAGCACAGGAUCCCAGCCAAGUUCAUAGUCGCAUAGGUGCAAUAUCAAAAACACUUGAAAGAUCAACAAAUGAGGUAGCGGAAAUUCCCACUGAUGUACAGCCCGUACAUGAAGUACCUAUAACUUGUCAAACGAAAUUUUUAACUAUUUCACCCCUACCUCUCAAAUGCGAAGAACUAAGACAACCCGCUGACCGAGAAUUUGAAACUGUUCAUCUGAAACUUGAACAUAAUACUCAUGAAAUACACAAUGAAGUCCCAGUAGCUGAACCAUUUGAAAAUGAAGGAUCCAUUGAUGAACCGUCUGACAGUGAACUGGUUAUUGAUACUGAUAACAAUGGAGGAAUUGACAGCGAAGAUCACGAUGAACCUGAAAAUAAACAGCCAGAGACUCAAGGAACAGUAAAAAAGAGCAAAGCUAGAGAUCUUAAAUUAAUAUGUGAUGAUUGCGGAGGAAGCUUCAGAAGUAAAUGCAAGUUAGCCGUCCACUGGAAGAAAGUUCACCAGCCUGAAAAGUUAAUUUGUCCGCACUGCAAAAGAAUCUUCAAAUCUUUCAAAGCAUACCAUGUGCAUGCCAAGAAGAAUACAAGAAGCUGCUAUGUUGCUACUCUAGUAAACAUUGAAGGUUUGGGCAGCGAUAGGAUAUAUCACUGCAGGGACUGUGAUUAUAAAACUAGAAAUAUUAAGGAUAUAGAUGCCCAUUUGGUUACACACAGCGGAGACAGACGGUUUCAAUGUAAAGAUUGUUCAAAAUGUUUCACACAGCAUGCAUCACUACAAGGGCAUAGGGAAUCACAGCACAAUGACUAUAAAGUUGAAGCAACAUGUCAUUACUGUGGUCUAUUCAUAAAAGGACGCAAUAAACUCUACAAGCACUUACGAAUACAUGAGCCAAAGUCGGUUAAAUGCGAAGUUUGUCAAAAGAUAUUCAAAAGUCAUUCGAAUUUAUCUAAUCAUAUGAAGAGACACAAUGGCGUCAGAGGCUACACGUGUGAACAUUGUUCUGCAAACUUUUUCACGAUGUCCGAGCUCUGUAACCAUAGAAAAAAGGUGCAUUAUAAGUCGAAAACAUUUAAAUGUGACUUAUGUGAAUAUUCUUUGUAUACAGCUGUUACACUGAAACUGCACAGGGCAAAGCACACGCAUAACAAUGUAGUGUGUUUACUGUGUGGCAUGUUUUUGGAAAGUGCCGAGAAGUUAGCUCUUCACCAGAGAAACCACAAUGAAAAGAACUUCGCCUGUCAACAAUGUGAUAAAAGCUUCUACCGUAGAGAUUCACUGAGGAGGCACAUUUUACAGAAACAUGGGCCACCAAAAAGAGAAGAACCAGUGCAUAUGAAAGUUGUAAAGAUCAAACAAGAGUUUUCUGCAGACCAUAGGUUUGAUAAUGUCAUUACAUUGUCACCUAUUUUGUCAUAAUCUCAUAUCAAUUUAAAAAUAGGAUUCAAAGGAGAAAAGCUAUGAUUUUUAAAAGUUUUCUAUGAAUUUGGGUUCAGACUAUUGUUUUACCUACCUAUAAAAAGUACUGAUUUUAUUUAUUUAAGUUUUUUUUUUAUAUGUGGUCGGAAAUAAGAUGUGCAAUGUACAAAUACUACUAUAUAUAUUUUUUUACAAAAUUAAACUGUAAGUAGGUAUAAGAUUUUAAAUAUAAUUAUUUAUAGGCCAAUUUAGAUACUUUGAUGGAUCAUAGCAAUAUUUUGAAUAUCUGAUUAUUUCAAUGAUAUCCUAUUAUUAAUUCAACUUCUUCAAGAUUCCACAGUAAGUC